AAUGGGGGCAUAACGGUGGGAGUGAGACAACCGAGAGAAGGCAAAUCGUCUUCUCCACUUUCACCCUCUUUACCGCUCUUCUCUGUCUGCCGUCUGGAAGCCAUCUAAGAAGAGACGCUCUCCUUCCCACAGACACUUCCAGCUUUGCUUCCCCUCUCUCUCAUAAGGCGAACCUCCAGAUUAACACCAGCAGCAACAUAUGGAACCUGUGGGGCACGAGGAAAACAGGCGGCCUGUUUUGAAUUUUAAAUGUGAAAAGAUCCUUUCUCAUAUAGACAAGUCAAGUUCUUCAACUGCUAAAAUCAUAAACAAGGAGAAGUGUAAACCUGAAACAAAUGAGGAACUAUUUGCUUCUCCAACACCUGUCAAGGCUCCGCAGCUCUCCCGGAGGAGUAAGAAACUUGAGGAGGCCAAACUGCCUGACAAUUUCCAAAUAGUUGGUGAGCUAUUUGAUGGUCUGGAGACUUCUGUGAGGUUGCUUCGUUUGUGCAAGAAGCCAGUCACAUUUCAAAAUGUUUGCAUUCAGGUGGAAAUUCUUACUAAGAGGAAGCUUUUAUAUAAGCAUCUUGCUCAGAUGAAUUAUGUCAUGCCUGAAUUCAUCCUUGUUGAGAGCACCUUUGUGCACGACCAGAAAAGUUUCUGCAUGCUUCCGGACAUGAAAAUUACUUUACUGCCGAGCACAUCUGGAAAGACUGAAACAUUCACCAUUGGGCCUGAAGCUGGCGACUCUAAACCCUUGAGGGAUAUUUUUUGGACAAGACUUCGUGAUAUUAUUCUGGACCAUCCUGAGGUUAUUGAUAUCCCGGAGGCAACACUACCAGAACCAUUCAAUUCAAAUAGUGAUACCUUCACCGAUGAAGUAUCUCCAUCAGUGAGGACUGAUUCAACUGCUUGCAUGCCUUCGACACACUUUGCAUCAUAUUUCGAGCAAAGAUUCUCUAAUAUUUUGCAACAUCAUCAGGAAAUGGAAGCUCCAAAUCUUUCAUCAGCAGCUCCAAAUUGUGUCACAGAGAAUACUUCUAAUAGUUUCAUGAAGCAUUACAGCCCCAUCAAGCAGGAAUCUGAAUUUGAGAAAAUUGGAUCAAGUCGGUCUGCAGCAUCCAUAAUUAAUCCCCACUUGGGUCAAUGCAGCCCCGUGGCACACCCUCCAACUCCAGCCCAAAGAAUGUCUAAGGUUGCGGCUCAAGAAACACCUAAGGGAUCUGCAGAAAUAAGAACAGUACUAAACAUAAACCGAAGAAGAUCUCUGAAAUUUAGUUGCGAGAAUGUCGAUGGGAGUGAUUCAGAACAGAUUUUGUCUUUGAACGAAGAAAACAGGGAAAGGGAUUAUUCCACUCGUGAAUUUGGUAAGCUUGUGGGGCCUUCUGUGAAUAAAGCGGAAUCUGCCAGGAUUCCACCUGUUUUCCCACCAAAGGACACAGGAACUGCUAGCAAAAUAACGGGCCAUAAGAUGUGUGGGGCCAAUGUUGCAAGACAUGAGAAGAUGCUUUUGACAGACUUAUUUAACACAAUAUGUAGGAUCCUUCAGUCUGCAAAGUGUCCAUAUUUCACGAAGCAGGAGCUUCUGCAUAAAGUACUCUUCUACAGUUCUGAAACAUUUGAAACAAGUGAGAUCGAAGAAAAACUGAAGUUAAUGGAAGAACUUGCUCCUGAAUGGAUCUCCCAAAAAAUAGCAUCUACUGGUGACUUCCUUUAUUGUUUCUGUAAGGGCUCCGAUGUAUCGGCCGUCUAUGCGCGGCUUGCGGGGGCGACUUAGUUAUGUUCCGUCAACCGCGAUUAUGGGAAUUCUUCAUGGAACACUCGUCCCUCUCUCUUGAAGCUGCACCCGAUCCUUCUUUUUGUCUUCCAUAUGAUCCAUGCAACACUUGUAAGCUUGGAUGGACUACAGAAAAAUGGUGGAAGCUUGCGGAAUGCGUAUUACACCAACCGAAUAGAUAUCGCUAAUGUGCUAGAACUGGUUGCAGUUUACUAAUUUUAUUUUAUUUGGUGCUUGGCGUUCAUGCAGAUGCCACAAAAGAAGAUUUGUAUUUUUUGUUAUACUUGCCUGUUUCGACAUUCUUGGAGAGGCUGAAUACCAAGCAUGUAUUUCUUUAUUAAA